AUGAAGAAUCAUUCUGUGUUUCAGGUGUCAGGAGCGACGUUAGACCUGCAGGCGGUGCAGAGGGUGGUGCAGCAGACGCUGGAGCGACUCCACAAAAUCAAACAGGACAUGGACAAGCUGCGGAGUCAGCAGCUGAUCCAGAUCCAGCAGCAGCAGGAGUCCUGCAGGAAACACCAGGAGAGGCUGAACAAGACCCUGCAGGACUUGAACUGUGUCUCUGAGAUGCUGGACUCGUGCACUCUGAUGGAUCUGGGUUCAGACCUGCAGACCUCCAGGCUGCUGGAGCGCUUCAGCCAGGCCAGACCACAUUUCACUCAACUGGACACUGAGGUGGAGUUCGUGGUGAAGAGCUGGGAGACUCUGAGAGGAGUCCAGGACAGGCUGCAGGAGGAGGAGGAGGAGGAGGAGGAGGAGGAGGAGGAGCUGCUAAAGGAGGGAGACCCAUCAGAGCUGCUGAAGCUCCAGGAGAGAGUGAAGAACAAGAUCCGUCAGAGCGAGUCGGUCCUGGACCUGAGCAGCAGCUUCCACCUCACGGCCAAACAGCUGGAGGCGCUGCUUCAGUCAGAACCUGCGAGUCCUUUAACUGGUCCAACUGGUCCGACUGGUUCCUGUGGGUCCAGUGAGUCUGAGCAGCAGAUCCAGAAUCUGUUCAACAAGGCCUCAACGCUGAAGAAAGAAAUCUGCAGCGCCGUCAAACACAGCGGUUGGACUGGUUUCAGCGUGGAGCAGCUGGAGGCUCGUCUCGUCUCUCUGGAGGUUCUUCGUGUCUCCUGGUUGGAGGAAGCGGCUCGUCGUGAGGAGACGCUCCGCAGGGAGCGGCUGACCCGCCUCCUCAACGAUGACAUCAACCAGGCUACUUCAUGGUUUUCUCUUGGUGUUACUCCUUGCUACAUCCUGGAGGUUUUGGGCCAUUUUCUUGAUGGCUCUGAAACUUUUUUGCCGCUUCGUGACUCCUUUAAGGAGCUGAAGAAGCGAUUCAGCAACCUGAGGUUUAACUACCUGAAGAGAAACGACAGGACCAGGAACAUGAAGGCCGUCAGGAACCAGCUGCAGCAAGUGGAGCUGUACGAGGAAAAGCUGCAGGCGCUCUGGAAGCGUCUGCAGGGAGUGACAGCCCGGCUGGGGUCAGAGGUCAAGGACUGGGGCGUGGCCAGGGAGGCAGAGGACGCCGUCAACGAGCUGCAGAGGCAGAUGGGAGAGUUUGAGCGAAGUGUCAGCGAACACCAGAAAACACUUGACAUGACCUGCAAACUGCAGCAAGCCAUGGAGGAGUAUCAGUUCUGGUGCGAGGAUGCGAGUGCGACCAUUGCUCGCGUUGGGAAGUUCUCCUCCGGGUGCCGCAGCACAGAAGCCGUCUCCGUUCUUUACCGGCAGUUUGAGAAGUUCGUCUGGCCGACGGUUCCUCAGCAGGAGGAGAGGAUCAGUCAGAUCACUGAGCUCGCUGUCAGGCUGCACGGGGUGGAGGAGGGACAGCGGUACAUCGAGAAGACGGUCAGUAAACACUCAGAGAUGGUUCAGUCCAUCAGACAGCUGAGUGAUGGUCUGAUAAAGCUGGAGGCCAAACUCAAGCUGGAUGGUCUCAAACAGCAGCCUGACGACGGAGAGAAAGAGAUAAAGGAAGAGAAGGAUACAGAAGAGAAAGAGGAAGUGGAAGAUGAAGAAAAAGAGGAAGAGAAAGAAAACAAGUUGAAGGAAAACAGAAAGAUGAAGAAGAAGGAGCAGAGAGAUAACCGCAGCACACAGGAGGCGUCUGACAUGUACGAGCUGAAGGAAACAGGCCAUACCCCCGAACUGACCACCAAACACGAUGGGAGGGAGGUUCCCGUUAAGAGGCAGACUGCAGCCAAUAGGAAGCCUCCGUUACAGAAAAGCCGCAGUCUGGAUUCGGACAGACAGACGGACAGCAGACAACAGCUCACCUCCUCCUACUGCUCCACCCACACCUUCAGCCUCUCCUGCUCCCCAGCGGAGGCCAACCGACGGGUCCACGCCAUACACAGCCAAUCACAGCCUGCCGCUGCUGAGCAUCAGGCCACACCCCCUCCCUGUGUGGUUGGCCACUCGUUCUCCGACAUCCAGAGGGAGUUUCAGAGAAAAGACACGCAGGAUGCAUCAGGAGGACGUCUGUCGGAGGCGGAGCUUCAGCAACAGGAAGUGUUGACAGAGGAUUCUCUCUCCAAUGAUGAAUAUGAUUGUGUGUCACCUGAUGACAUUUCGCUGCCGCCGCUGGCAGAGACCCCGGAGUCCAACAUGUUUCAGUCAGACAUUGAGGAGGGCUUCUGUUUCAGUUCCCACAGCGCCCACAUCAGCCAAUACAGCCACCGAUCAGAGCACAGUGGUGCUGGUACUGCGACCGGUGCAGUCCGACAACAAAGAGGGUCCAGCCGGACGGAGAGCUGUCCAACUCCUCCAACCAGCCGUCACAGCAGCACCAGAUCAGAUUCCGGUUCGUUUGUCCAGAGUUCAUUGACAGUUCCUGCUCCAAACCUGAUCACCAGCACUCUAUGCAGUGUCCUGAAGACCGGAAAGACCAAUGCAGCCAAUGCCAGUACCGACCCGAGCGCCCCCUCUGGAUCUAACUUAGUCAACAAGAGCAACACUGCAGACAGUUGCUCCAACAAGGACAAUGAUGUCCCUGAAAAGAGGAACCUCUCACAACCUGAACCCUUACUGAAGGAGUGCAACAGUCAGUACAACCAGCCUGAGAGAAGUCAAAAUAUUGCAUCCAAAGUGGAAACCUUCCCACAGACUGAUUCUAGUCCUCAGCUAGCAGAGAUCACUCACAAAACCUCUGUCUCCCAGUCCCAGUCCAGCUAUUAUCCUCAGCCCUUUAAAGCUGCAGACACUGAUCUCUACAAUGACAAAACCCCACCACAAGACGCUGAAAGUGGCUGCCAUCAGGACAUUAAUUACCCUCAAACUAUGAAGGAAACAUCUCCGGACUCCAAACCUCCAAGGGAGGGUCUCACCAGCACUAGUACAGUUACCCAGCAGACCAUUUACUUCCAGUCCUCCCCUUCAGACAGUCAUCACACCUUGCUACAGGUGAGCAGCAGCCUCAGUUCACCCAAAGAAAUCCCCUCAUCCCAGAGUGAGACCUUACCACAGAUUGAUCCAGUCCCCCAGGCCAGAGGGCUUGCUCAGAUCCCCAAAAUCCCAGACCCUGUUCUCCACAAAGACAGCACCAGAGACGCUGGGCUCUUCGAAUCCUCUGCAACACUUCUCCAAACCACCACAACCAUACCUCAAGAUGGAAAUCUUUCCCAGUCUCACCAGGAUUCCAGGAAUGGCCUUGAUCAGGAUGUACCUUCCUCCAAAAACAGCAAGGAAACGCCCUCAGUCUCCAUGCCCCAAAGCAGCAGUCUCAUCACAGCUGUCACCGAAGAAACUGUUUUCUGCCAGCCCUCCCCUGUUGACAGCAACAUGCCACAGGCGAGCAGCAACCUUGCGUCCCAGCAAGAAAGCUCCCUCUCUGAAGGUAGUGGUCUACCAGAGGUCAAUGCCCCCAAUCUCCGAGAUCUUAACAGUGUCAGCAGCAUCAGUUUAUCCAGCAGUACCAUCACCAGCAGUAGUAAAAUCAGCAGCAAGCAGAGCCACCAGACAGUCUACUCCCUCCAUCAGUCCUUGACCUCCAUCUGUACCCAGCAGUGUAUGCAUGACCCUGGCAUGACCCCCAGCAGCCCUGCCAAGCCAGCUGCUCCUCCUCAGCCCGAACCACAGACUCAAGCUUUGGCUCAGCAAGCUAAUCUGCAUGUCAUUCCCCUUUCCUCUUCACCCCAUUUACUAACUCCAGACCAAGACCCAAACAUUUGUCAGCCCGUGGCCAUCCGCGAGGAGAUCAGGCUUACUCCUCUGAUCCAAGGGCCUCCCGUUCCUGCUCCUCCUCCUCUUCCCCAGGCCCAGGCAGAGUCUCUUCCCCAGGGAAAAGCCUCUAAACCUGGCCCUCCCUGCAUCACCAGGCCCCUGUCUAGAGCUACUGUCAUGGAGGGCUCUCCAGUGACGCUAGAGGUGGAGGUGACAGAACACCCAGAGCCCAAGCUCAACUGGUGUAAAGACGGAGCGGUGUCAGCCACCGGCCCGGGCCAAGAGGCGUCAGGCUCAGAUGGUGGGUGGUACGAGGCCAAACAUCAGGAGAGCAGCGGUGAUAAGUGGCUGGUGGCCGAAGUUUUUGACAUCAUCAGUGCGGACUGGCAGACUUGGUUUGGUACGCUUUGCGUGCUGCUGUGGCUGAUCUACCUGAUCAUACUCUAAAAACUCUUUUCCAUGACGGAAACUUUACGACCUGAAACCUGGAGCUCUCCACUACCUGAACUUUUAGGAAGCUGUAAGGUUUUGGCUCUAGCUUUUGCCUCCACCCGGGAUGAGCAAGUACACCGUUAUCUGUAUCAGUUCAACCAACUGAAUUAUCUGUAUCAAAACUCUGAAAGGGCUGGGUUUUAAAACCAGAAGUGGGUGGAAACCUGAUGACAUUUAUAUGGGUUGAGCUUAGAAGUUAUAGAGCUAUAUUUAGUAAUUUCUUUGAAAACUAUUUUCAGAACAGUAGAUAAGAUAAAUAAAUAAGGUCAGUCAUUGGCAGGUUGCUAAAAUAGGCCUGUCAUGAACUUAAUUACCAAUGGGACAGGUACCACAGAGAGUUUCACAGUAUGUGGGGGUUUAUCCGGAGUAGAUCAGCCUAAAAGUCCAGAGCAUGUUGGAGGCUUGGUUAAAAGAAAAUGCACCAAUAAGUUGCUUGAGGGGAGAUCAGCUUUUCUUUACAACAACAACCCUGUUACAAUGAGCAGCAUGUUUUUGAUGACUUGGAAUCUUUUGCAGAUUUACUAUGUCCAGUUGAAAAUAUCUUUGCCGGUCAUUUUUUCAGUUAAUUAGACCUAAUCAAAAAAUGUAUUUCAGACCCUGUUUAUUACACGCAGACACCUCUGCUUGCUGAUAUUGCUUCACUAAAAUAUAACUGUUAUUAAAUAAAUAAAGUUACAUUG